AUGAGUGGGACGACAGAGACCUCGUCAGCGGCGAUCACCAGGACAAAGGACGGCGUCCCCUGUUGGGGAGGCGAAGCAAACACCUUUGUGCAGUAUGAAGAGGCGGCUCUUCUUUGGGAGCAGUCGCUGACGUGGGAGAAGCGCUACACUGCAGGACCGAAACUGGUUCAAGAGCUUAGCGGGGCCGCAAAGAGAUAUGUCGCGGGGCAACCUGCGGGCUGGGUCGCCUAUCGUGGGGGCGUGGAGCGACUCAUGGCCUAUCUCAGACAGGCCUUGGGCAAGCCAAGAGUGAACGAGGUGACGGACCUGCUGGCGACGUACUUCAAAGGGACGAGGCGGAAAAGCGGCGAGAGUAUGAAUGAGUACAUCACCAGGAAAAGCGAAGCCUACAUGCGGGCCAACCAGGCCAUGAAGAGAGUGCAGCCGCACUAUGAGACCGGUGCUCCAAGGCCCUCUACCUCUCCAUGGGCAGCCGAGCGACGCCAUAGCGGCGACUACUACAACUAUGGGUGGGGACGGCAGUGGACCCCCGCCACCGAGACCGAUGACCAGACAGCCGGCCCUGUGGAGGACGAGGCCACCAAUGACGGGUCUACACGGGCGACCGACGAAGCAGAUGCCACCCAGAGGGCGGUUGAAGUCCUUCCGGCCUUCAUCCAGGGGUGGUACCUGCUCAUGGACGCAAACUUGGACCAUGGGGAACGGAACUUGGUGGUGACGGCCUUGAACGGAAACUUCAGCCCUCAGCGAGUCGGCCAGGAGCUGAGGAACCAAUUCCCGGAAGGGGAAACACGGCGGCGGGACAGCCGCCGGUUCCAGAGCUACCUCGGUGAGGCCGAGGACUACAUCCCCGACGACACCGAGUUGGUUGAGGGUGGCUAUGACGUGGCGGACCUGGAGGCCGAUGGGUGGGACCACGAGGAGAUCGCGCUCAUCGCUGCGGCGGAGAACCAGGCCCAGGAGGCCCUGGCAGUCAUGGCCCGACGCACCCUCAAAGAAGCUCGGCACAAGCAGAAGGUCGUGAAGCAGAACCGAAAGUACUAUGGGAACUCGGGGAACCGAGGGUCUUCCAGCUUCCCGAGCCGGGCGCGUGACGACUCCAAUCUGGAUUGCCUCAGGUGCGGUCAACGUGGCCAUCGGGCAGCAAACUGCCCUCAGAAGCCUUUGGGCACCGCUGCCCAGACUGACGUGGGAACCGCGGGCAGCAGCUCGCAGCAUGCGCCUUUCGUCUGCAUGGCCGAGGCGACGGUGGACCAAGACCUGAGCCAGAUCUACAAGGAGAACUCCGGCAACUACGUGCAAGCAGCCUUGAGUGCGGGUGUAAGCCAGGAUGCCCUCACCACCCAAGAAGCGGUCCGACGCGGCAUGUGCGUCAUCGAUGGCGGCGCCACCCAGACCAUCGGCAGCAUCGAAGCGCUUGAGGCAGUGUUGGAGCAGAACCGACGGCGGCAUGGAGCUUCUCGCCUGAAGGGCAUCAAUUCUGAGAAUCCGCCAGUUUUUUCCUUUGGAAACAGCACCGAGAAUCGGUGCUGCAGCACGGCGAAGAUCGAGGUGUCGGCCAACGGCAAGCCUGGAGAAAUCCAGAAGCAGUGCAGUCCAGAAGCGGUGGCGAGCAUGAACAACUCAGCCGAGAUGGCAGCAAUCCCGGCUCGCUUUGUAGUGCCUCUUGUUUACCUGUUCGCGCUCCUCGCCAUGGACAACAUGAACAAGGCCGACCUGAUCUUGCGUCUGCGCUCCGAUGGGGAGGAACCUCCCGAGGUGUGGUCGAAGCUGGAGCUGAAGCAGCGGCUUCAGGACCUCAUCGAGAGUGGCGAGAUCCCCGCCAUCCGGAACGUGAAGGAGAAGACCGCCAUGCAGAAGGCGGUGACGGAGCUCAACAAGCAGAACAAGAAGGCGGACCUGAUCCGCUAUGUGGCUUCGGAGUACAACAUCGAGGCCACCCCGAACGACACCAUCGGCACGAUUCAGCGCAAGGCGAUGAAUGUGAUCCUGGCGACUACAACGCCGAAUGGGGGCGACCUGAUGGGGUUCGGCAAGUUUGCUGCGAAGACCUACCGCGAGGUCCUGGACGAGGAGCCCAAGUACGUGGAGUGGGCUCGCCAGACCGAGAUGGAGGGCGAGUGCAGUGUCUAUCUACGUCGGUUCAUCCGCUGGGUGAAGCUACACGCCGAGCAGGAGAUGAACGAGAGGACUGCGACAGUGGCAAAGGCGAAGCAAGGCUACUCCAAGACCAGUGCACCAGUGGAAGCAGCGAGCGGCAGCAACGAUGCGGCGGUGACGGCGCUGACCAAUGUUGUGGCCCAGCUGGUCCAGGAAGUCCAGGCAAUGAAAGAGGAGCGCGCCGAGAAGCCCCGGAAGGUGUUGGCCAAGCCGGACACGGAGAUGGAGGCCCUGAACCAGGACGGGGAAUGA